AUGCAGGCCGUGUUUGACAUGCAGCCCUUCAGGCCAGCUGUAAACCUCAGUAACCCCACCAUUGCCAACAUCUCCUUCACCCUGUACGCCGUCCUUGGAGUGAAUGAAAAGGCUCAGUUACUCACUACAUUUUUGUGGCUCAGACUGUUCUGGCACAACGAGUAUUUGGUUUGGGAGCCUGAGAAGUGUGACGGCGUCGGCAGGAUUUCUCUCCCUGUAAAAGAGCUGUGGUCUCCAGACAUCAUUGUUUAUGAGUUUGUGGAUGAUGAUGUUUCCCAGGCGUGUCCUUAUGUCUACGUGAACCACACAGGACACAUUCGCUGGGACAGGAUGCUGCGGCUUGUCUCAGCCUGCAACCUGGAGAUCUUCAGCUUUCCUUUUGAUGUGCAGAACUGCACAUUCACAUUUGGCUCCUACAUGCAUACAAUACGUGAUGUGAGAGUCAGUCCAGCUCUGCCGUUCAGCGAGAUGUCAGAAAACUCAAAGCAAUACCUGGAAGCCAGUGGAGAGUGGGAGCUGGUGGACAUCCUGGGGGAGACGUCCAUCCUGAAGUUUGGAAUUGACGAGUGGGACAUCAUCACCUUUUGGGUGGUCAUAAGGCGGCGCCCGGUGCUCUACGUGGUCAACCUGCUGAUCCCGAGCUCCUUCCUCAUGCUCAUUGACAUUCUGUCCUUCUACCUGCCCCCCCACAGUGUGGACCGGGCCUCUUUCAAAAUGACCCUGAUCCUGGGUUACACCGUUUUCCUGCUCAUUAUGAACGACCUGCUGCCCAGCACAGCUAAUGGAACGCCCCUUAUAGGUAUCUAUUUCUCCGUGUGUCUGGCUCUCAUGGUCAUCAGUCUCCUGGAGACAGUCAUCAUCACCAACGUCCUCCAUCACAGCUCCAUGAAGUAUCAGGAGGUUCCAAACUGGGUUAGAGUCGUUGUCCUCAAAUACAUCGCAACCAUGAUCUGCUACCGGUGGCCCGCAGGUGUUUCUCCCACUCUUAAAACACGGGAAGAUAAACCUGAGAGUUCAAACGGCAGCACAGACGCCUGGGUCAUCCAGCCAGUCAGCCCUGUUCAUUUUGAGGGUGAAAAUAGCCCGGCUCUGGAUUCCGUCUCCUCUGUUGUAGACACUGGUUCUCUGCCUGAGCUGCAGCUGAUCUGUCAGUACCUGGGGGACCUCCGUGCACAUCUUCUGUCGGUGCAGAAGGAGAGCGAGCUGCUGGGCCAGUGGUGUCACGUAGGAUACGUCCUCGACUUCCUGCUCUUCCGCAUCUACCUGCUUCUGAUCAGCUGCUACGCCAUGGUCAUUAUCACAAUGUGGUGCAUCUGGAUCAGUCAGACCUAACUGGACACGGAUUAAAUGUGUCAAAUAAUCACAACCUGAUGUAAGGUGUACUUAAGCAGACAAAUAUACCCACACUUACAUUUUAAGAUGGUUUCCUGAG